GCCAGGGGUUGAGCAGUGAACUCCCCUGGCAAACUGGAAAGUUGGUGCUUGUAGCUCCAGCCCCGGAGUUGGUGCCUAUAUAAGGAGGCACACAUUAAUUUCUGAAGAGCCACAAGUGGCUCCGGAGCUACAGGCUGGCCAGCCAUGCAAUAGCGCAAAGCAAAAGGGAGCACUGCCUGUUUGCAAUCUUGCCAGUUUCCAAGGUGAAAGUUGCUACCUGCUCUACCUUCCCCGCCCAUGCCAAUUUCCAUCUUUUCACAGCCACGUGUGCCUGUUCCCUUGAAGGCUCCGCUCUCCGCGAAAGCUGCAGGAAAGACUCGCGCUCCCGGGACUGAGGGGAGGAUUACCGAGCAGCUGACACCCACCCGGGGAACGGAGGCAGAGAGAGGGGGCUUCGGAGGGAGCUCAGGAUGGCUUCUUCUGAAUUUCAAGCGUUGUCCCAAGAUGAACUCCGGAAAAGACUUUAUCAGACAUUUAAGAACCGAGGUGUUUUGGACACACUUAAGACGCAGCUCCGAAACCAGCUAAUCCAUGAACUGAUGCAUCCUAUUUUAAGUGGAGAACUUCAGCCACAACCAGUGUCCAGUGAAGGCAGUUCAUUGUUAAUUGGAGCUUCCAACAGCCUGGUGGCAGAUCACCUGCGCAGUUGUGGCUAUGAAUAUUCACUUUCUGUUUUCUAUCCAGAAAGUGGAUUAGAAAAGGAGAAGGUGUUUACUAUGCAAGAUCUUCUGCAACUAAUUAGGAUCCAUCCAAAAUCCAGUCUUUAUAAGUCAUUGACUUCAGGAGCACAAAAAGAGAACAAAAAAGGUUUUCUUAUACAGAUGUUAAUGGAGCUGACAGAGCAUCACCUAUGUAAGGAAAGUCGCAACACAGAAACUCAGACAAUCUCAAUACCUUCUUAUAGAGAAUCUCUUGUUGAGAAACUUCAGCUGAUUGAUGAACAGUUUGCAGACAUUUAUCCCCAGCAUCAGAAAUUUGAGUCUUUAGAAGUGAAACUCAUUGAAUAUCGAAAAGAAAUAGAGGACCAGCUUCAAGCAGAAAUGUCUGCAAAGUUACAACAUUUCAAAGAGGUUGAAAUAGCAAAGAUCAGAAUGGAAGAGAAAGCACAAUGCCAGAAAGAAGUUUCUGAUUUGCAUCGAGAGUUUGAAAGGACAAACCAAGCCAAGUCUGAGGCUCUGAUUGCUCGUGAAAAGAAUGCUAUUGAAAGACUUCAAAAACAACAGGAGAUUGAAGCAAAGGAGGUUUAUACACAAAGACAAAGUCUGCUGAAAGAUAUUGAAAUGAUAAGAACCAGAGAGGCAGAACUGAAGCAAAGAAUUGAAAGUUUUGAACUUGCUCAGAAACUUCAAGAAGAAAAAAAUAAAGCUGUUGAUGAUGCACUGCGACGUCGGGAGAUAGCUGUGAAGAACAUUGAGGAGACUUACGACCAAAAGCUUAAGAAUGAACUCCUGAAAUAUCAACUCGAGUUGAAGGAAGAAUAUAUAGCCAGAACCACUAGGGUUACUGAAGAUGAGAAAAAGAAUAAAGAGAAGGCUAUACUUCUGCGUGAAGAAGCCAUUGCUGUUAAUUCAAAGAAGGAAGAACUCAAACAAGUUGUAUCACACGCAAAAGAACUGGAGCUGGAGCUGGAUUCAGUAAAGGCGCAGGUGCUAUUGGUAAACAAACAGAAUCAGUUGUUGACAGAAAAAUUGAAAGAGAUUGCGGACUAUCCCUUGUUAAAGGAAGAGAAAUUGGAGCUUCAGGUGCAAAAUAAACUACUUAAACAACAACUGGAGGAGACUCGUAAUGAAAACCUGCAUUUCCGAGACAAGUUAACUCAGCCAUCAGCUGAACAUGUAGCCUGCCAGGCAGAAUUGAGGAGAGUUGAACAUGCUAAAAAGCUGGAACAGGAUGAGUUUGAAACCCGUAAACAACUUCUGGAAAAGCAACUGCAAAGUGAGGUUGAACGUUGUGGACAAUUAAAGAUCCAGCUGUUAGACUAUGAAACUACUAUCAGAAAGCUACACGUACAGGUUGAAGAUUUGAAAUUGCAGCUGAAGCAGACACAGACAGUUCUAGAGAAUGAAGUGUAUCGGAAUCCCAAGCCUUCUCUUGUUGAUCGUUCUGUCAUUGACUUCACUGGUGAUAGGAUUGUACCUCAUGACAUUUAUGUAGAUGGUGCUUUCUUGAAGAACCGGGCUGUUACUGAUAUUGUUGUGGCAGAUGAUGUACCAAACGUUGGUUAUCGCCAGCAUUCACGGAACUGCAACUCUUCUCCAGAUUCUGACCUUGAAUUUGUCGCCAAAACCAAAGCUAGGAUAAAAGAACUAGAAAAAGAGGCAGAGUAUUUGGAAGAGGCCUACAGAAAUUACCAGCAUAGAGUCAUUCAAGGUGCAGUUGCAAGCAGGACACCAACAAAGACUAAGUCCCCUCUACCUUUACGAAAUGCUGUUAGAUUCCCUUUGGCUUCUCAACACAGAGUUAUGUUUGUAGAAGACAACCUUGGCUCUCAGCAUUUCUCUCUUAGUAAUCCGAGAGGCCCAAGAUAUGUGACACCUGGACAUGAUGAUGUCUUGAAAAAUCAUCUAACUACUCCCCGAAGAAGAGUCUCUUCCUCCAGACGUCUUUCUUCUACUCCUCUUUCCAAAGUGGAGAGAAACAACAAUAGCCAUAUACUUCCAGAAGAUAGCAGCGAGUCGUACCUAGUCUCUUCCCAACAGAGUGUCGACCAGCCUCUUUCUCCUAUUUUGAGGACAGGCCAUCUUUCAUCUUCUGAGUCUGCUCCUUCCUCUCCAGCCGGUCAUGGACAAAAAUUGAGUCUUCAUGAACAGCAAGCUGAUAAUCAGGACUUCAAUGACUCUUCAAAGCCAGAGAAGCUAGCAUAUGAGGACCUCGAAGAACAUAAUUCUUCUCUUAAGUAUCAAGGGGACAUUCCAGAGCAGCUCGAAAGUGAUGUGUCACAUCCAUCGGGAGACAGCAUCAAUGGGAGCAAUGUCACAAAUGCUGUGCCAGCAACAGCCACUUCACAGCAGGAUUUAACAGUGGUUGAUCAAAGCCAGUCUGAAGAACAGAAAAGAGAAGAAAAUGAGAAAAAAUGGGCAGAAGAAAGGAGACAAAGAGACGAAAGAAGGCAGAGAGAAAGGCAGGAAGCACUGGAAAGAGAGGAAAGAGAACUAGAAAAACUGAAUGAAGAAAUGAAGUUGAUCCAAGAUUCGUUGAAAAGUGAAGAAGAAGAAGAAGACAAGAAGACAGACCGUGAAGUGGAAGAGUCAGAAAUCAGUAAUCCUGAUGCAGAAGACAAUCUGUGUGACCCUCGUCCUAAUCCACUAGAAAAAUACAUGAAACUGAUACAGCAGAGCAGAGAGCAGGAGCUGACAGACAAGAGCUCCAAAAAAGAGGAAGUGGAAGAAGUAUCACUGAUAGAGAGACUUCUGUCUAGUGAAAAAGAUGACAGGUCAGGCUGGAUACAAUUGUUAUUUAAAGCUAAGUGCUGCAGGCGUCUCUCAUGGAGAACUGGAUGAAGACUUCUGGUGAAUAGCAGCUAUUAUCUCCUAAUGACCAGCACCUUGGAAGAUGGUGUGAAGUUAUGUAAAACAGUCACUACACCACCAGAACUGAAUAUUUUCAUGCACAAUGGUUUCAGCUGAGGAUCAGAAUUAAAGUUUAACAUGUUCAUAUUAAAAAAAAUUAGCCUUUUACAAAGAAAGACAUUAUCCCAAAUGAGUAAUUUUAGACAAAUCUACUGUGACUGAUAGUACUAACAGCUGCUAAAACCAUAAGUGCAUGGCCUAACCUGUGUGUUUUAAGCUUUCCCAUAUCUUCACAAAAUAUUCUAGGAAUCACUGCAGCCUGUUGAUCAGAAAGUAUGUUUGUUUUCGUAUUCAUGAAAAAGCUCUGGGCUGUGACUGAAAAGCAAAGGUGCCUAUUCUAUUAGGAUGUAAAGCAGUUCAACAUUUUUUCAGAUAAAUUAAGUGACUUUUAAAAAAUACAAUCCUGCCUUAAGAGAAGAGUUUUUUUAAAGAUUAAAUGAAAAUUCAAACAAAGUAGAUUUGAAAGUGAGUGUCUUUUCCAGCAUGCUUAUAUUGCUGGUUUCACAAAUGGCAUGUCAAGAUGACUAUCUGCGAGACAAGGACUCAGAUACCAAUUAUGAUUAAAAAUUUUAAUGCAUUCUGAUUGAUAGAUACCUGAUAACUGUUUCUUGUUAAGUACUUUUCUAAAGCAGCAGCAAGAGGCGAGGCGGGGGGGGGGAGAAAAAUACACUUUAAAAGGUGAGCUUCUUACUGUUUCGCUGCUGGUAUCUUAAGUAUUCCAUAGGAGAGAGGGUACGAGCACGACUGUCAUAAUCCUCUACAUUUUUUUAGGUUUGCAUUUUAGACUGUUCUGGUAUUUUAUAAUAAAAUGUGUCACCUGUGCUCUG